ACCAACCCGUGCUUGUCACCCUGCUCUCGAGAAUUGUUGCCGGAUUUGUUAUCCCUGCUUGUUGCGUUUUGUAAUCAUCGAUGACUCGAAAACAUCCAACAUUGCUCCCCAUAUACUCGGAAACCCUGGCAGCCUUUUCUCGAUCAAGCUUCGGUUAUCAGACGUCCUGAACUUCUUAAUCUUGAACUGCCUUACACCACAUCAUGUCUCCACAGGAAUUGAACGAGUUCACGCCCGAGAUAGAUAGCCAUCUUCACGGCUGGUACGUGAAACUCCGCAACGAACGGGACCAGUUCAGGAGGGAUUGCAAUGAUCUGAGCAACAGGAAUAAAGAACUGGAGGAAAGGUUGGAGAACUAUGAGAUCGGAAAGAUGUCAACCAGAGACCAACUUGGUCUGCUCCGGGCACAGGUUGAGAAAAUGAAAUUGGAAGACCAAUCAAUUUCAUUGCAAUCGGAAGUCGCCAGAACUAUCUUCGUGUUUGUCAAAGACCUCGUUCGCUCCCGCGAGCAGACACGCGAUCAGCUUAAACUCAACCUAGGUCGCGAAGCAAUGAAAAAGCACAUGGAUAUAUGUUCGCGUGGCGAGAUAAAGGAUGUUUACGAAUCUAUUCUUGCAGAAGUAAACAGGAUCAUUCAGAGAUCUAGGGACGGGCCUGAUAUACGGGAACAUCUGAGAAUAGAGGCAUGGGACGAGUUGGAGAAAACAUUUCCACCUGCGUAGAGACUCUGGUUGUGGUAAUUGUGGUAGGAAAAAGUUCACUCCCCAUGUCCCUACCGGUAUCUGU